AUGUCUACGCAAACCGCCCUCCAUGACGACGUGCCACCCCCGUAUACAACAACACAAUCAACAUCUUCUCAAUUGCAGACACAGCAGCUCACCAGCAAUACGUCUUGUGUCCAACACACACAGCCAUCAUCAAAUGAAUCGAAGAAGCAAUCCCGCUGGCAGCGCCUAAAGCAAGACAAUCAGGACCGCAAAGCUAAGAAGAAACACGUCACGCAUGAAGAAGCAGCGAGAAUGGUCGGACAUGAUGAGGAUUGGUUGAAGGAGAGGGCGAUGGGGAAGGAGGGGGAGAAUGGGUGGGUCAAGAAGGGCAGUGGUGGCGACGGGGGGUAUACGAUUAUGUAA